GCCUAGAGCGCCCUCUCCGCGCCCUCCGGUCCCUCGCAUGCCGGAGGAAGCGGCUGCCCGCGUCUCCUUCCUGCCGCCACUUGAAGCGACCGCCAUGGCCAUGUUGUCGACGGGCCGGGUCGGUCCGGCUCUCCGCCUGCUUCUCCGGCACCAUCAACCACGAGCCUGUGCUGUCAGGAUGCUGAAGGCUACCUGUUCGCAGCAAAGUGAAGCCCUGGCAUCUCCCCCUCUAGACAACGUCCCCAAAGAAUACCCACCCAAGAUUCAGCAGCUAGUGCAGGACAUUGCUAGCUUGACCCUACUGGAGAUCUCUGACCUCAAUGAACUUUUGAAGAAAACCCUCAGAAUCCAAGAUAUGGGAUUCAUGCCAACAGCUGGGAUGAGGGAACCUGCACAGGCAGCACCUGUGGCAGAAGAGGAAGAUUUUCCCAAGAAGCAAGAGAAAUUAAUUUUCACAGUGAAGCUAACUGAGAUAAAGGCUGCAGAAAAAGUGAAAGUUAUAAAGGAAGUGAAGAAUAUUCUUCAGAACGUAAACCUCGUCCAGGCAAAGAAAUUGGUGGAAACUCUUCCUUGUGAGAUCAAGGCUAAUGUCAACAAAGAGCAAGCAGAGACCAUAAAAGCAGCUCUGGAAGCAGCAGGAGGGACUGUGGUUCUAGAGUAAACCACUCGGCCUUGUUGCCAAAGGACUAAAGCAGAGCAGAGGAUCAUUCUCUCUUCUGCAUGGCCCACCGCUGGCUCUUACUGCCUGCUAACUGGUGGUGGUGGUGGUGGUGCUGUACGGUUCCAGAAAGCUGCGUGCCCUUUCCUUGUACUUUUCUAUAAUGCGGUUUUCCACUGGGAUGGCCCAGUGUUGAUGAAUGUCUUCAGCACCACCAGAUCUGCUGUUUUUACUAGCACUGCAAGAAUACAUGUAAGGGAGAACACCAAUGAAACAAGUGAUAUGUACGAUAAUAUAUUCUUUCACAGUGUGACCUUC